CACUUCAAAACCCUACCCAUUUUGCCAUCUAUCUCUAUCUCUCUCUCUCUCUCUGGUUUUUGUCAUUUUCACUUCUUUUUUUAGUCUUUUGGAAAGAAGAAAAAGAAAACAAACUUCGAAAACACAAAAACCCCAGAAACGCCACUUCCUUUUCACCCUCGCUUCUUUUCUCUUUCUUCCCUUCACUCUCUCCUUGUCCGAGUGAAAAAAGGACCCAAACCCCAUUGUUUCUCGAACCCAAAAUAAACCUUAGAACAAGAAAAACUGAAAAGUCUCCAUGGAUCCUUAUGAUAUAACCAACGUCUUGUUCUGCAAAAUCAAGAGUUUAGACCCAGAAAAUGCUUCAAAAAUCAUGGGUUACAUCCUUAUCCAAGACUUAGCAGACAGGGACUUGAUGCGUUUAGCCUUUGGUCCUGAAACCCUUCUACAGUCCCUUGUUUUCAAGGCUAAAACUCACUUAGGACUUUCUUCGAACUCUUUCUCUACUCCUCCUUCUCUGAACCCAAUCUCGAGACCCAACAGCUCCAACUCCAACAAUUCCCCAAACCCACUUCCUCAAUCAUCUCCUAGGCUCAUUCCUAGAAAUGGCUUCUUGGAAUUUUCCAAGAAGGUGCCUUCUUGGUCUUCCUCUAGUAGCCCAAACUCAAGUCCUUUCCUUUCUUAUGAAAAUAUCCGCUCUGGGUCUGUCUUAGUUCCUCCAACGACUGGGGAUAACAACACUGAUUUGAUUGAUGAGAAUCAAAUGAGUGAUUAUUUUUCAUUCCUGAAUGAUUCUUCCUCGUCCAGGAAUGAGGACUUUGUUGGUCAUAGAAGGAGUUUUUCAGCAAGUGAUGCAUGUUUUGGGACAGCUGAAGAAGCUGGUGGGUUUGGUGGUAUUGUGGGUAGUUACAAGCCUUGCCUUUAUUUUGCUAAAGGAUUUUGCAAGAAUGGUGAUAAUUGUAAGUUUUCACAUGGUGUUGGUGGUUUAGCAGAUAAUGUUGAUGUUAAUGGAGUUGUUGUUGGUUCACCUAGCAAAAUGGACCUUCUUUAUCAUCAACAUGAGGAAAUGAUGAGAAUGAGAGCAGCUCAUCAGCAAAGAUUGGCUGCUGCUCAGUUGAUGGCUGGUGUUUCUUCUCCCUUGGCGUAUGAAAAAAGCAUGAAUCUUCUCUUGCAACAGCAAACUGAUGCCCAGAGAGCUGCUGCACUGAUGUUGGGUGAAGAAAUUUGCAAGUUUGCUCAGAGCCGAUCUGAGAGGAACGAUUUUUUGACAAUGGGAAUGGCAGAAAAAGCUAACUCAGCUUCAAAACAGAUUUACCUGACUUUUCCAGCUGAGAGUACAUUUAAAGAUGAAGAUGUUUCAAACUACUUCAGCAUGUUUGGACCAGUGCAAGAUGUGAGGAUCCCGUACCAGCAAAAGCGAAUGUUUGGUUUUGUUACUUUUGUCCAUCCAGAGACUGUGAAACUUAUUUUGACCAGAGGAAACCCCCACUUCAUUUGUGAUUCACGCGUGCUUGUUAAGCCCUACAAGGAAAAAGGAAAAGUUCCUGACAAGAGGCAACACCUUCAACAGCAAUUUGAGAGGGGGAACUUUUCUCCAUGUUCAAGCCCUUCAGGGCUUGACUCUAGAGAGCUGUAUGACCAUCAUGUUGGGGCAAAUAUGGUCUACGAUGCACGGGAGAUGUUGAGAAGAAAAUUGGAAGAGCAAGUUGAUGUCCAGCAAGCUAUUGAGCUGCAAAGGAGAAGGUUCAUAAAUUUGCAACUUCCAGAUUUCAAGAAUGAUGGUAUUCAUCAUCAUCAACGCAGCCUUUCUGUUGGUGCUUCGGUUUCCUUGCCUGCUUAUUCCCAUGCCAGUCAAAAUGUUCAUCCAUCUGACAGCAUUAAACAGGAAGUCUUAGAAGUAAAUGGUGAUAAUACAGCUGCUGCUGUUCCCUCGACGAUGACUGCUGCUGAUCAGGAAGAAGUGAAUUCUGCAUGUGUUCAGAAAGGCGGAGUUGGAAGUACCAAAGAUUGUUCUAACCCUGAAGGAUGUCAUGACAACAGUGUAGAGCAUACACUUCCUGAUAGCCCUUUUACUUCCCCUACAAAAUCUGCUGGGAAUCACCUCUCUAAUUUUACUGCUUUGGUGGAAGUAAAUGGAAGUCCCACUUUAUGUGCCACUUCAUCUUCUGAAAAUGACCUAUCGUUGCCCAUCAUUUCUACUAGCGACAUGGCCUCCAUUUAGUUAUCCACUUCUUAAUGCCAAGGUUUUAUCGAGGGCAUGAAGGUAAUGAUCUGUAGGAAAUAAAGAAAAGUAGAGAAGCAUAUACAAGGAGAAUCCACUAGAUGUGUAUAGCCAGAUUAUACAGAGAAGAGUAGAUCCGUAGAGAAUAUUGCAAGAAGAUCAUCAUCAUCUUCAUCAAUACAUUACUACUAACAGCAAAUGCAUAUUGGAUACCUAAAGGAUAGAUGAACUGAUUUUUGAGUAUAGGGCUUUUCUCUUUUCUCCUCUACUAGUUGUGUAUUCCAACAGACAAAAGCAGAAGAAAGUAGGGAUAGUAAUUUAUUGCAUUGUCAUCUAUGCAUUUUCUUUUAACCGUAUGUGAUAAAAGCAUUAUGUAAAGCUGAACUGUAUGAAGAGACUUUGAAGUCAGAAAUGUGUACAUUAAACACAGCAUUUGUUGGGAAGUUGAACCUUGAGAAGGAUGUUGCGUUGAAGGCUGAAUAAUUGAGAGGAGGGGCAAGAUUGGGGGAAAAGAAAUCAGAAGAUGGGUUUUGGUAA